AUGGGGCUGAGCCGGGUGCGGGCCAUCUUCUUCGACUUGGACAACACGCUCAUCGACACGGCCGGGGCGGGUCGGAAGGGCAUGUUGGAGGUGAUAAAGCUCUUACAAUCAAAACACCGUUACAAAGAAGAGGCUGAAAUCAUCUGUAGCAAAGUUCAAGUUAAACUCAGCAAGGAAUGUUUUCAUCCUUCUAAUACCUGCAUUACUGACCUCAGGACUUCACACUGGGCAGAAGCAAUCCAAGAAACAAAAGGUGGUGCGGCCAAUAGGAAAUUAGCUGAAGAAUGUUAUUUCCUGUGGAGAUCUACACGUUUACAGCAUAUGACACUAGCAGAAGAUGUCAAAGCCAUGCGCACUGAACUUCGAAAGGAGGUCCGCCUACUCUUAUUAACAAAUGGAGAACCACAGACCCAGAGGGAGACGAUAGAGGCUUGUGCCUGUCAGUCCUAUUUUGACGCUAUUGUUGUAGGUGGAGAGCAGGAAGAGGAGAAACCGGCACCUUCCAUAUUUUAUUACUCCUGUGAUCUCCUUGGAGUACAGCCUGGGGACUGUGUGAUGGUUGGUGACACACUAGAAACCGAUAUACAAGGAGGCCUCAAUGCAGGGCUGAAGGCAGCUGUCUGGAUAAAUAAAAAUGGAAUGGUGCCAGUGAAGUCCUCCCCCAGGCCUCAUUAUAUAGUUUCUUCUGUGCUGGAAUUACUUGCUCUCUUACGAAGUAUAGACUGCAAAGUCAGUGUGUCUGCUUGAAGCACAGGAAAGGGUAGGCUUACGAAUUUUAGGGUCA